AUGCUCCACUUCCGCACACAGGGUUUCAACGGUUGCGCGGUCAAGUAUUCGCCCUUUUUCGACAAUCGGUUGGCCGUCGCAAGUGCAGCCAACUUCGGACUUGUCGGUAAUGGCCGGCUAUUUAUUCUAGAGCUCACUGCCAAUGGAAUUGUGCCAGUGAAAACGUUCACCACACAAGACUCUCUAUAUGACCUCGCCUGGUCGGAAAUCCACGAGAACCAGGUCCUCACCGCUUCAGGCGAUGGCAGUAUCAAGCUAUUCGACACCACAGUCGACGACUUCCCUAUUUCGAGCUGGAAAGAACAUAACAGGGAAGUGUUCAGCGUCAACUGGAACCUAGUCGCCAAAGACCGCUUCUGCUCCAGUAGUUGGGAUGGCACUGUCCGAGUCUGGUCGCCGCAUCGCCCACAGUCCCUCCUCACCCUCCCCACUCACAGCUGCACCUAUUCCGCCGCCUUCUGCCCGCAUAACCCAGACCUGCUUUCAUGCGUGACAUCAGACUCCUACGUUCGCAUCUUCGACCUACGCACCCCCGCCUCAGCCUCGAACCACCUCGCCGUCCAAAUACCCAUCCAUGCAUCCCCCACUGCGUCCGCCCUACCCGGCGGGCCAGGAAUACCACCAACCGCAACCCCGCCCGCUGAGGCCCUUACGCAUGACUGGAACAAAUACCGUCCUACAGUCCUCGCUACUGGCGGUGUAGAUCGGGCCAUCCGGACAUUCGACAUCCGCGCCCCGCAGCAAGGGCCACUAGCUACCAUGCUAGGCCACGAGUACGCAGUGCGCAAAGUCACUUGGUCGCCACAUCUAUCCAAUGUUCUUCUGAGCGCUAGUUAUGAUAUGACUUGUCGCGUAUGGAGCGAUCGAUCUGAUGCAAGCGCUCCUGGUGAUGUGGAUCUCAUGCGCUCUGGCCCGGCGGGUCCGGUUGUCGGCCAGGAACUUGGACGGAUGGGACGACACACUGAGUUUGCGACGGGUGUGGAUUGGUGUUUGUUUGGAAAUGAGGGCUGGUGCGCCAGUGUUGGAUGGGACGAAAGUCUCUACGUAUGGGAUGUGCGAGGUUCAAUGACGUGA